AUGGGCACACAACUCGCGAAUGUUUGCAAUAACCUGGGCAAAAAUAUCCCAAGUUUUUGGCUUCUGGGAAAGCUGAAGGGGAUAUUUUCACGCCCGGGUCUACUUUAUGCCAUCCUCUCGUGUCUUUUCUUCGCCUCGUCUUCCGUUCUCGUCCACAUUGUCAACGAAAUUCACGCCGUUCAAACCGUGUUCUUCCGAAGUUUAAUUCAACUCCUUUUCACCGUCCCGAUGAUGAUAUUCCACAGCGCAAAUCCGUUACCCAACCGAGAGAACUAUCGCGCGACUCUCUUGCUCGUCCUGCGCGGAAUCGCCGGAUCAUCGGCGCUCUGUUUUCAAUUCUACGCGCUGCAGACCAUGCCGCUCUCCGACGCAACGGUGAUCAUUUUUUCUUCGCCAAUUUUUACCGGAAUUCUGGCGUAUUGCUUUCUCUCUGAAAGAUGGAGCAAACUCGAUGCGAUCUCGGGCCUGCUGUGUUUCCUUGGCGUGGUGAUGAUCGCACAGCCGGGCAGUAGCGUUGCCUCAAAUUUUGAGUCAAAGCAACAUUUUAUCUCCUGCAUCGUGGCUCUCAGUGGAGCUGUUCUUACCUCGAUCAGCAUCAUAACCCUGAAGAAACUACAAUCCGUGCACUACGUCAUAUCGUCUUUCUAUCUCGCCUUGGUUGGAGUCAUAGGAACUGGUCUUGUGUGUACCAUACCUGAUGUUUUUCGCCACAUCAUCUGCGGCCACCAAUUUUACAUCGUUCUUAUUGGGUUAUGCGCCGUAGGGGGUCAAUGCUUGCUGUGUAAAUCGUUGUGCACAGAGAAGGCGAGUACAGUGGCUCUGGUUCGAACGUUUGAUAUCGUUCUAGCGUUCGUAUUUCAGAUGAUAUUCCUGAACCACCAACCAAAUGUUUAUAGCGUCAUCGGUGCUAUCCUUGUAUCUGCGUGUAACAUUGUGAUCCUAAGCACCGCUAGAAGUCCCUCGGAGACACCCGAUGACACCACAACGUGCUGCUCCCCGAAUGCGCUUGAUAGCGUCGAAUGAUCUCAAACAUUUACUGGAUGCUCUAGCGGAUAUCGACAACAUAGUAUUUGCCAGACUUUGACCAAUUGCUUUCUUUUAUUGCUUUCGUAUGUUGAUAGACUGUAGUGCAUGUUGAUAACAUGAAUGGAAUCAGAAAAGAGACUUCUGCAUCUCACUUUCAUCUGUCCCAAAGACCAAUAACAUGUUAGGUAUCAAUGACAUCACAUAAUUAAUUUACGCAUGCAAUUAGAACAAGUUAUUGCAAUUAGAACACAAAAGACAUUCAACUUGUAGACUUUCAACUCAAGGUAACAGAAUUUUUUCACAGAAUGGUGUUGGGGUAAGCGAAAAACCCGUGUUAUAUUAUUAAUUGUUGGUUAACGUUAAACCUGAACUGUGGUUAUUCAAAGGAAUAUUUUAUCAAAGAAAAUCUCUAAGCAAGCAUAAUAAAUAACCUCGUAUUUGCAUUUUUUUAACGACGUGCAUCUUAACUUAAGUCGAUUUAAAGCUCUUUUGCAAACAUUUAGUUCUUCACUUCAUCUUGAGUAAACAAUCGGUUAUUUUGCUUAUUGCUGUACAACUAUGAACUAGAGAAUGAAUUUGGUUAUUGAGUGAACUUUUGCUUGAGAUCUCAUGAAGAAAGUCAGUUGUUCGGUUCCGUACAGCAUGUUAAAUUUUAAUGAAAAAUGAAAGCAUUUGUCAAGAUGUUCAGUUAAUUGCAUGUCAAUAUUUACUCUAUGUUAUCCUGAAAUAUAUUAUGUAUUUUCACGUUACUGGUUAGUUGCAGUGUUCUUGAAUGCGUGUAUCGAUAAAUAUCCUUCAGUUUUAUCGAAGAAACUUGGUACAUGUCGUCUUUUUCACGUUUUCUAAAAGAGCUGCCGUUUUUGCCCAAACAUUUCAGGGCGAAGCCGCAAGAGUCUGGCGCCCGCAAUUCCGGUGGUGCGGAUCUGACUGGGAUCACAAUCAAUGUUUAUGAACUCGAACUGAACGAUGAUAGCACGGAACAUUCACGAGACAAUGAUAGCGAUCAGGCCUCGUUCUGUCCCACACCAAAACCGGACAAUGUUAGCGAACGGAUGUUAUCGUCAACAGCAACGUCAAGAGUGGGAACAGCAUCUUCACAGCCGUUGCGCUACUCCAACGUUGUUGUGUUCUGUAGAAAAUGCAGAAAUGAAAUCCCUGUGCGGUCUUUGAUCCGGCAUCGAAGAAGGCACGAAGCUUUGGAUAUUCUGAAAUAUU